AUGAGUGAUACAGCCGUCAAUUAUCAUCUCAUGGAUGCUCCAGAUGGGGCACUGCCAUGCUCCCGCGUCAAGCUAUCAAUCGAGUGCAAAUCCUUGAGGAACAUGGACACGUUUAGCAAAUCUGACCCGUUCGUGGUGAUUGAACUGAAGGACAAGCAGGGAAGAUUCGCUACCACCAUCGAGAUGGAUUAUUUUUUCGAAGAGAUGCAGCAUUUGAAGUUCAGUGUGUAUGACGAAGACAACAAAUCGAGGAAACUUUCGCAACAAGACUUCAUCGGAUCUUGCGAGUCAAGUCUGGGAAGUAUCGUCGGGUCAAAGUCAAACAGUCUCUCUGCGCCGCUGAAAGGAGAGUCGGGUGCAGAUGAGAAGAAAUACGGUGCGAUUCGCAUUCUGGCGGAAGAAAUCAAAGGCUUUAACGACUGCAUCCGUCUGCGCGUUGCAGCUUCAAAGGUGCAGACGAAAGAUUGGUUCGGGAAGGGGGAUCACUACCUAGUUUUCAAAAGGCGACGAGUGGACGGGGAGUAUGAGAUGGUGUGGAAGACUGAGGUCAUCAAGAACUCUAAGGAUCCUUCAUGGCAGCCUAUAGAGAUUCCUUUGAAGAAUUUCAACUCGGGAGACAACAGUGCGAAUAUUGUGAUUGAGUUGUGGGAUUGGAAUGCUGUCUCAAAGCAUGAUUAUCUUGGAAAGGUCUCGACAAACACGAUGGAACUUCUCAAAGCCCCAAAGAAUUUCCCCUUCACAAAACCAGAGUCAAAGAAUCCAAACAAGGACAGGGGGCAACUUGUGGUCAGCCUGGCUGAGAUCUACCAUCCCCCAUCUUUCCUCGAGUACAUAGCCGGAGGUUGCGAGAUCAACGUGAUGGUCGCCGUCGACUUCACUGCAAGCAACGGCAACGUCAACCUCCCUAACUCCCUUCACUACAUGAACCCAACAGGCUGGAAUGACUACCAGAAGGCCAUUGUUGCUGUUGGUGAGAUCCUCGAGAAGUACGAUGCAGACAAGCAGUUUGACGUGUUCGGCUUCGGCGCUCGCCUCCCCAAUGGCUCCGUAUCUCACUGCUUCUCCCUCAAUGGCGAUGCUUCCAACCCGAGCGUUUUGGGGGUGCAGGGCAUUCUGGACGCAUACGCUGCAUCCCUGUCGAACGUAACGCUCUUCGGUCCCACCAACUUUGCUCAGGUCAUUCGCAAUGCAGACACCAUCUCUCGUUCGUAUCCUGUCGAGUCGCAGAAGUACACAGUCUUGCUCAUCCUCACCGACGGGGAGAUCACGGACAUGGCGGAAACAACUGAGGCGAUCAUCGACGCCUCUAACUCUCCCCUCUCCAUUGUCAUCGUUGGCAUUGGGCCCGCAAACUUCGACAAGAUGAACACGUUGGACGGAGACGAUGAGGUUCUUACCAGUGAGAGGACAGGGAAGAGAGUCUCGAGAGACAUUGUGCAGUUUGUGGCUUUCAGAGAGUUGGCAAGCAAUGGUCCUCUGCUGGCCAAGGAAGUUCUCCAUGAGAUUCCGGAUCAGCUGACAUCCUACAUGAAGUCAAAGAACCUCCGACCGAAGAAGAAGCCUGUUGUGGAGUCUGUCUGGACUGUGGACAUGUAUGGAAGCUCCCUUCCACCUGGCUGGGAGGAGGCCAUCGAUCCAAGCUCUGGAAGGCCAUACUAUGUUAACCACAUGGUGAGGGGAGUAGAAAGCGUGCGGGGAGAAGUGCAGGAAGGAUCGCAGAGCUCUUGUGCGAAAGAGAGCGGACCAGAGGGAUGCUGUCAGAUUUGCUGUGGUCCUCCAAUCUCUUUCGCUGUUCGGGGAGUUUGCACCAUCCUCUUGCUCGACUAUCUCAUCGUUGCCAUCGCCAGCGGCGUGCAGUUGAAGGCGAACGACUGCUGCAAGACCUCGGCAGACUCAGUGAUAAUCAUCGGCAUCAUCUUGGGGAUUGUGGGGUGCAUGAUAUACCUAUUCGGUCUCGUGAGACUUAACAGCGACACUACGUCGGCUUCGAUCUUGUUCCACCUCCAUAUGGUAUUCACAAUCUUCUACGAACUUUUCGACAUCUGUUACACACCAGGUUUGUCGAAGAGUAAGAGAGAUAAGGAUCCAACAUUCGAUCUCUACUGCAGCAUGACUUGUGCGGCAAACAAUACCAACGCAUGCCGAGCUUUUCGAAAUGAAACCUGCAAUUACCGUUCCUCAUCUCCUGCUGCAGUCAUCGGUGUCAUCAUCCAACUCUUCAUCAAGCUCUACUGGGGUUACAUCCUGUGGAGCUACUGGGUGAGGAUGAAGACUGGAACACUCGAUGGCGGCCUGGAAGGGAAUGGGUAUGGCAUGCAAGCUGCCGCUGCUGUACCAGCCACGUCAGCCCCCAUGGCGAUCCCAGCGGAUUCUAUCCCCAUGGCGAUCCCUGUCGCACGUGCAGAAGCGACUCCGAUCGCCCAGCCGGUUACACAAGAUACAGAAAACUAA